CCCUGAACACUCGUGGACACGCUACUUCGGCUUUCACCACACGGUUUGUCAGCGCUUUACGGUUACUCAAUCGUUUCAGUGCACACUCCCAUUUGUCACAUCAUUUCGCCCAUCUGGGCACUUUCUUCAUAUAUACUGCAGGCGCCCAGUGUGUUACUUCGCUUCAUUGGUUUGCCUUUUAAACGGAAAGUAUUUUUAAUGAGAUGCAAAUUGUCUUGCGGUUAACUUCGAUGUUACGUGUUGCUACUUUUACAGACGUUUCUCCCAUUUUAACGUAACAUUUUAUCCCGCCGCAUCCUUUUGAAAGGUCGCGUGCGGGGCGCGCGACGGAUUAAAUGGAUUAAUUAUUCCACCUUCACCUCAUUCCGCAGAGUUUUCGGGCAACUGCCGUAUAUUUUUUGGCUUGUUUGAAGGUGUUUCUCUCAAAGGGUUUAAAAAAAAUGAGCGAAAUAAACACCGAGGAGGACAGUCAACAAGAAAACGGGGAUCACAGCAGCAAUAAGGACUCGGACCGUCAGUUUCGCUUGAGACUGUGCGUUUUAAAUGAAAUAUUGAACACCGAACGGGAUUACGUGAGAAACUUGGUAUUUCUGCAGUCGGCUUUUCUCCAGAGAAUUAAACAGACUUCAGAAAAUCAACAAUGUCUGACACCAGAGCAGGUCAAGAUCUUGUUUUCCAACAUCGAGUCCAUUUUGAAGGUUCAUUGUGAUUUUCUCUCCACUCUGGAUUCCAGUCUGCAGCCUGAACCUCAGGCACACCACUCUCUCGGACAUGUCUUCCUCAAGUUUAGGGAGCGUUUCUCUGUGUAUGGGGAAUAUUGUAGUAACCAUGAGAAAGCACUCAGACUACUGAUGGAGCUGAACAAGAUCCCCCACGUACGGACUUUCCUGCUGCACCUCAUGCUUUUGGGAGGUAAAAAGAGCACAGAUGUUCCUCUUGAAGGGUACCUCCUCUCUCCCAUCCAGAGAAUCUGUAAAUACCCUCUACUACUCAAGGAGCUUUUGAAGAGGACCCCAAAGAAGCAUCCAGAUUACCCUGCUGUAGAGGAGGCCCUGCAGGCCAUGAAAGCUGUGUGCUGCAACAUCAAUGAGACCAAGAGACAGAUGGAGAAGCUUGAGGCUCUUGAAAUAUUACAGUCACACAUAGAGGGCUGGGAGGGGACAAACUUGACCGAUAUUUGCACAGAACUUCUGCUCCAAGGCAACCUUUUGAAGAUAUCAGCUGGAAACAUCCAGGAGCGAGUCUUCUUCCUUUUUGACAACCUCCUAGUCUACUGCAAGAGAAAGUCCCGCGUGUCAGGGAAGAAAUCCACCAAGAGAACGAAAUCCAUCAAUGGGCCACAGUAUGUGUUCAGAGGCCGCAUCAACACUGAGGUCAUGGAGGUUGAGAAUGUGGAAGACGGAACUGCGGACUAUCACAGUAAUAACUACACAGUGACCAAUGGUUGGAAGAUUCACAACACGGCCAAAAACAAGUGGUUUGUGUGCAUGGCCAAGAACGCAGAGGACAAACAGAAAUGGCUGGAUGCCAUUUUAAAGGAACGUGAACAGAGAGAAAGUCUGAAGCUCGGUAUGGAGCGUGAUGCCUAUGUCAUGAUCGCGGAGAAGGGAGAGAAGCUCUACCAUAUGAUGAUGACCAAGAACCGCCACCUCAUCAAAGAUCGACGCAAGAAGCUCACCAUCGUACCCAAGUGCUUCUUGGGAAAUGAGUUUGUCUCAUGGCUGCUGGAAAGUGGGGAGAUUAGUAAAGCUGAGGAGGGAAUUAACCUGGGUCAGGCGCUCCUGGAGAAUGGUAUCAUCCACCAUGUGUCAGAUAAACACCAAUUUAAGAACGAGCAGGUGUUAUAUCGCUUUCGUUAUGAUGACGGCACUUAUAAAGCCAGGAGUGAGAUGGAAGAUAUCAUAUCAAAGGGAGUAAGACUCUACUGUCGUCUCCACAGUCUCUUCACACCUGUUAUCAAAGACAGAGACCAUCACCUGAAAACCUUUAAAUCUGUCAUACCAGCUAGCAAACUGGUGGAAUGGCUUGUGUCACAGGGCGACUGCACAAGCCGUGAGGAUGCUGUCACUCUUGGCGUGGGACUCUGCAAUGCCGGUUUUAUGCACCACGUUCUGGAGAAAAGUGAAUUUAAGGAUGAGUCACAGUUUUUCCGUUUCUACGCUGAUGAGGAGACUGAUGGCACUAGUUCCAAGAGUAAACAGCUCCGUAGUGACUUCAAACUCAUCGAGAACAUCCUUGCCAAGUCCUUAGUGAUUCAUCCUGAUGAGGAGGACUAUGGGUUUGAGAUCGAAGAGAAAAACAAGGCCAUUAUAGUGAAGAGUGUGACCAGGGGCUCAUAUGCAGAGAUGGCAGGGCUACAGUCAGGUAGGAAGAUCUACUCCAUUAAUGAGGAUCUGGUGUUCCUGAGGCCCUUUUCUGAGGUGGAGACCAUGAUCAACCAGUCCUUCUGUAUACGUCGCUCCCUCAGACUACUGGUUGCCACCAAGAACAAAGAGACUGUGAAGAUCCCAGAUGUUCAUGGCACUCUGCCGUUUGUUCUCUGUGGUUCCUGUCCACCUUACGUUCAUGCAGUAAAGAAAGGCUCAGAGGCUGCAGCAGCAGGUCUUCAGCCCGGUCAGUGUGUGCUCAAAGUCAACGGUAACAACAUGAACCAGAGCAGCUACCAGGAAGUUCUGGAGCACUUCAGUGGCCAUCAGCCUGUCCUGGAGCAGCAAGACUUGAGCUGUGGUCAGUGGGCAUACCGCGUGUAUGAGAAUAUAGAAGAGAAAGCGUCUUUCAGGUCCUAUGAGAACGGCUCUGAUUCAGAGGAUGGCUGUCCUAAUGGAACAGGCUCUGUUAGAAGACUGGAACUGUUGUCCAUGUCGGAUGAUGUUCCUUCAGUCAGUCUGAAUGUGGACAAUGUUCAUGUGGAACAUGGGGUUCUGUACGAGUAUGUCAGCACAGCAGGGAUCAAACACUGUGUGCUGGAGAGGAUGGUGGAACCCAAGGGCUGCUUCAACCUUGCUGCAAAGAUUCUGGAGGCUUUUGUGAAGGACGACAGUUUGUUUGUGAAGAGCUGUCGGCAGCUAAUGGCUCAGAAUGAGAAGGUGGUGACCAUGCCGCAGUUUGAGUUUCGAAACAUCUGCGACACCAAACUGGAGAGCAUAGAAAAACGCAUCUGCAGCUACACACAGUUUGUGGAGGAACUGCAGAUGGAGGCCUGGCCCACGUUUAAGCAGGCGAGCAAUAAACCUCACGCUCUGGGCUGCAUGGACUUCGUCCCCACCAACUGUCACCUGAACCUGAUUCAGGUGUCCUGCCCCAAGAGCUCUACCUCAGCUGGCCGAGCUUUCAGCAUCCGCUUCGGACGCAAGAACUCCAUCUUCGGCCUCGAUCCUGACCAAGCCAGUUUGAGUCCCAUGUCUCACUCCAUACACUGUGUGACCAGUAUGGCGGCCCCCACCUGGAGCUGCUUCAGUUUGGAUGAAGAGAUGGAGGAGGGAGAGGGGAGCACAGAGAAUGGAAGGAAGCAUGAAGAGGGAGGACUUAGCUUCCUCCUCAAACAAGAAGACACAGAGAGCCAGGACAAUUACAUCUGCCUCUAUAACCGCUUGGACAUCGCAGUGCGGGAGAUGAAGCAAUAUGUGGAGCAGAUAGAUGUACUCCUGUCAUCCAUAACCGGACCGACCCAGCCACAGGGCUCUGAGCCCCCCUCGUUUGAGAGCACAUCCUCAAUCUCUCCCGUACCAGAGGAGACGGAUCAAGACAAGACAGAGCAUGGAGGGAACAAGAGAGUGUGCUUCAAAGUGAAUGAAGAUGAUCAGGAGGAUUCUGGACAUGACACCAUGAGCUACAGAGACUCCUAUAGUGAAUGCAACAGUAACCGGGACUCAGUGUUGUCAUACACAAGUGUCCGGAGCAACAGUUCUUACCUGGGCAGUGAUGAGAUGGGUUCAGGAGAUGAGUUGCCAUGUGAUAUGCAGAUCCCCCUAGACAAGCAGGAUAAACUACACGGAUGUCUGGAACACCUUUUCAAUCAGGUUGACUCUAUCAACGGUCUCCUGAAGGGCCGUGUCAUGAGUAAAGCUUGCGAGGAAACCAAGCAUUUCCACACUGACCACAGUCAGCCAGAGUUUCGGCACACAGAUGACUGGACUAUACGCUGGCGGUGCAUCUUACACAAGAACAUUCAGGAGGACCCAUGGAACCUGCCUAUUUCAAUCAAAUCUCUAAUUAACAGCCUUCAUCGCUUCGUAGAGGAUGGAAGGAGUCAGCUCUUAUUGGCGUUACUUAAAUGCACUGACACAGAACUCCAGUUGCGGCGGGAUGUCAUAUUCUGCCAGUCCCUGGUGGGGGCGCUGUGUGCAUUGGCGGAGCAGCUUGUGAGCGCGCUGAACCUGCGCUUCAACAAUAACGGAGAGUAUGAUGAGGACAGUAAAGAGGUCAGCCGAAAAUGGCUCGAGCAGAUCGCCACUAUCGGAGUGCUUUUUAACUUCCAAUCAACACUCUGUCCACACGUGAAAGAAGAGAGAAUCAUGCUGGAAGAUACGAAAGCAGCCCUGCAGGAUCUGGAGAAAGUCACAGUGCUGUUCCGCCCACUGGAGAAUGAGUGCCUUGUCCCAAAUACAUCAGUGCAUUACCAGGUGAAAGGCAGUCGGCAGGCCAUUAGGGUGACGAUGUUCCUGGACAGCUGUCAUUUCAGUGAGCUGCCCUCAAGACUGCAGAACGGAGGCUCUUUGAAGAUUCAAUCAGUCCUCUUCACUAGAGGGCUGGAGAAACCAGAGGGUGUGUUGUCUCAGGAUUUUCUUGCCAUGGAAGAGUUUCAACAGCGCACAAAUGCUCUGUCACUGGAGAAGGUCAAAGGGUAUUAUCGCAAACUCAGGGCUUUUUAUCUGGAGAAAUCCAAUUCUGAUUCAAAUUCGACUGCCAUGAAAAUAGACCAGCUCCUCCGGCCGCUUAACACCCUGGAUGACCUCUGUCGGGUCAUGCAGACGUAUAUGAACAUUAAACCCGGCUCUGCAGGUCAACCCUCUGGAGUCAGUGUUCUGCUGGUCUCCUCCGAGCUCUGUAACCGCCUUGGGGCCUGUCACAUCACCAUGUGUGCCACUGGGAUGCAGAGGUGCACUUUGACUGUGUCAUUAGAGCAGACCAUUACUCUGGCCAGAAACCACGGCCUCAUGCCUCGCUGUCUCAUGCAGACCAUGGACAUCAUGCGCAAACAGGGCACCAGAGUGGAGAUCUCUGCCAAAAAUCUCAGAGUAAUGGACCAGAUGCCUCCUGCUCCUAGGCUCUUCAGGUUGUGUUUACCACCCUCUGAUGGAGAUCUUUGAAUGAGGUGAUGUCAGUCUCUCAGGCCUUCUAGAUGCUGUGAGAUACUGUAUCAAGACUGGCUCAAAGAACUCUUAAUCAUUAUGAGACCAUGCCUCAGUACAACUCCUGGCCAGUUCACUCAGAGUGUUCUGGCUCAGUUCAACACGAUGAGAAAUGAGAACAGUCCUGCCACCUUUAUCUCCUGCUCAGGCAGCUGAGAUAUUGAUAAUGCUAACAAUGCUAAUCUUGGCUAGUAGUGUCUGCCCACAUUAUUGAGUCUCCUCCUAAUGGAUCUGGACUGGCAUGUCAGAGAAUGGUUUAACUGAAGGCUAAAUCUAUCUGUGAAAGGCAAUAUUAUCUCUUUGCUUUUGACUGCAAUCUUAGUCAGCAAGUAGGUGGGUCAGGUUUGGUCUGUGUAUAGAGAGGUUAAGUUCAGAUACGUGGUGAUUAUGUGCAAUUACUGUAGCUUAGUGUGAGUGUGUCUGCACUAUGUCAUGGAAGGUUGUGUCCUCAAACAGAGAGCGGUUGUGUUUCUCUUACUUGUAUCAGGUAUUACAAAAGUACUGAAAUCAUUCCAGCAUAAAUGGACCAUUUUGAGGCUGUUUAAAAUAUUAAUUCUUAUCUGUCCUUGUAUUUUGAUUUGAUUCUGUUAAAUAACAGUUUUAUUAUGAAGUUCUUUCAGCUUCCAUUAAAGGGUAACAAGGAUAGAAAUGGGAGGCAGUCAGCUUCUGAAACGACACAAGAAGAAGGCCUGUAUAUAAAAUGCAAAAAGAUUUCACUGUUAUCAAAGUGUUGAUAUUGAAGACUGAAAAAGUUUAUUGAUCAACUGGAGAAAACAUUUUAGUUGUCUUCAUUUGUCCCUGGUGUAUAGCACUUUAAAAAAACAAAAAAAAAAAACAAUGAAUCAAUGCUGUUACAGUGUGUAACUGUUCUGGGGUGUUACUCAGUGCGUCGGUUUGACAAAGCACAAUAAUAAAUAAAAAAAAAAGCUUGUUCAUCAGUGUUUGUUAAAAGUACUGUACAUUGUAGAGAAUAGAAGUAAAGCAAAGGGAUCAUUGAAGAAUGAAUAGAUAUAGCAGCAUUUUAUUGAAUUUUUUUUUUUAUCAAGGAAAAAAAAAAUAUAUGUAUAUAUGAGGGAUAAGCAUACUAUAUGCUCUUCAACAGCAGUGCUAUAAUUUAAAGAGUAUUAAUAAUGUUAAAACAAACAAAUAUAAUAUUGUACAUCUUUCAUUUUGUAUACUUAGUGUAUAUUGGAAUAGGAAACUUUAUUGUGCUUUUACACAUAUUUAAAUUUCUAACUGCGGCUAUGUGGUCAGUAACCGAGAAGGCCUGAAAAUGUAACAGUGUACCUAGAUUCAUUUGUGCUAGUUAUGCUAGUAUGUACAGUAUAUAUGGUGGGCUUUUGUAACACGCAAUAGUCUGCAAACAGUUAUCUUCAUUAAUCUUAACAGAUCUGUCACAUUAUAAAGAAUGAAACAGAUUUGGGUAAAUAUAAGGUCACAGUAUGCAUGUUGUCAUCACAAAAGCUUCAUGGAAUUAUGUAAUUCAGAUAUUUAUCUUGAUUGUAUUGUAGCUUAGCCCAAUAAAGUCACUGUCUGUUACAUAUCAGCAUGGAAGAAGGCAAUGCAACUUAAGAUCAUGUUGUAGUUUUACAUAUGAUAAUGGCAAAAUAUAUUUGAAAAAUAAUACUUGAAUUUAUGCUAAUUGUGUGUUCUUUCUCCUCAACUGUCUACCCAUCUUGAAGGCUAGUGCUGGUAAUACACAGAUUUAUAAUGAAUUGUUUUUAUUUGGUCCCCAAAGUAAAACAUGUUUAAACUGGAAACUGUUAAUUGCUUCAACAGAAUCUGUGCACUUUGUAUUGUAUGUUUUGAAGGUCCUAGUUGUUGCUUGUUGCAUACAGUGCUUUAUGAUGUCCACUUGAAACCUAUAAUUUCUGUAUGUAAAACCUAAAUGUAGUAAAACCCAAAGACAUGGCAUUAGCACGUUCCUAUUACUGUAUAUUAAACUCAGGUUUCUGCGUCAUUUGGAUUUUUUUAAAAGGUGUUAUUGCAUAAUUUAACAUUACUUAUAAGUCAAUUGAAACGUAUGCAUUAAUUGUUUUUUUGUUUUGUUUUUUUACCUUAAACUGUUGACCUGUUUUUCAGUGAUGUUUUAAGUUUAUAUUUCCAAUCUUUUCAACUUUGUCUUUUUAGCCUCAAUUUGAAGUGUACCUUUAGCUCAAAGAGUAACAGAUUCAAUGGUGCUCACAAAUCAAGACUUUCUUUUGGGGGCCUUAAAGUUUUUUCUUUUUUUUUUUCUUUUUACAGUUUCAAAAUCAUUUCUUAAUCUCAUAUAUUCUUACACAUUGUUCUCUUUAAGAGCAGUUUAAACAGUAACUCACUUUUCAAGUGGAGGGAUAGUAAAUUUGAUAGUUUAUAAUGUUUGACUAUGAGGUCUCUCUACUGUAUAUCCUUCUAUACCCCAUUGCAUAACUGCAUUAUGAAUACUUUAAAUGGCUCUUUAACUUUUCCUGCUGGUAUCAUCAGUAUAUAUCCAUGUUUUUAAUCUGUUGAAUUAAAACUGAUGUAUAAUAUCCUCUCUCUGAGGUUAUGUAAUGUUAGCCACGUGUCUUUAUAAAGAUCCUCCUAGAGUGCACCUUCAGGUACUGUAGAUCUGACGACCUGUAGCAAGAACAGUAAAUCCAGGGGCCUGGAUACUCAAAGUAAAAUAGUCUUGUAGCCCAAAGCUCAAUAUGCUUCCCUUCUGUGUAGAUUAAGCAGUCCCAAAAAAACAGUGGUCAUUUUAUAGCACUUGUCAGUUUGACUGGAGUAAACCACAAUAGACCUCUUUAUGAAGCUCUGUUAGAUUUUUCUCUGUGCUGUAUUGAAUGCAUUGCUAAUAUCAAACAAACAAAAUAAAAGAAAAAUGGUUUA